UCCCUCUGUGUUUUUAAUAAUGCCCCAACCUUUUUGAUUUGAGUUUGAUAGACUAUUUGAUGGGAAGGAGAAACAAGUUGUUAAAAAUCAUUUGAUAAUAUUUAUACACAUGAGCUUAUCCUUCUCCAUGGUGAGAGUAUGUUGUCAGAACAUGUCACAAAUGGUGAUGAUGUCAUAAACUCCUACAGCAGGCUGAGCCGUCUCAAAUACAGGAGUUUCCUUGGUAGAAGAAACAUUUGAACAAAGCCCUGGACAUGAAUCUUUUUAUUUAUGUCCUGCUUUUGGUUAUUUGGACAAAUAGUUGUUUAGAUACGAACCAAAGUUAUGGAUCUCCUACCACAGGACCCAAACACGUCGAAUCAAUGGACACCAAACUGGACAGCUUCAGGAGACGUCUACUGGUUAUCACAAUUGGUAUUAUGAUUAUAGCUUUCGUAUUCACCUGUUUUUGUUUCAUCCAUUACAACUGUCUGAGCGACGACGCGCCCAAGGCAGAAACGCUCAAGAAAGGUGUGCCAGCCAAGUCGUCCACACCACCAUCCAAAAUGUCAUUCAGCGAAUCCAAGACAUCCAGCCCAUGCAGUCUAGAAAACCAAUCCCUGCCGUCUGCUACAGACAAGUUAUCUAGUGUCUCAUGUCCGGAAAAGUCCUCCAUAUCAUCCAGCGCACAAAAGUCCGUCGGGCCCUCGAGUCUAGAAAAGCUGUGUGUGUCCUCUAGUACACAAAAGUUCAACAAGCCGUCAAGUCAAAGGAAGAAAAGGCCACCGUGCUCAGUAAAAAAAUUCAAGUCAUCGCACCUGGAGAAGCCAUAUCGAACACGCAAUCUGGGAAAGCCAUAUAAGCCAGCUCAUGCCCAUAAGCUAGUUGGUCAGGCCACUUCAUCCUACCGAAAUAAGGCAGCGAGGCCACCCCGGCCGGCCGGUCUGCAAUACGCAGUCAGGCCAACCAAGCCACUUUGUCCACCCCACCCGCAAAGUCGCAUCUCGACACCCAAGCGAUCCAGUGUGCAGAAACCAACCAAGUCCCCUAGACAUCAUAAACUCAAAGGGUCAGUUUGUGCCCGUAGCGCAGACAUGUUAUCGAGGCCUCAGUUAAUCAAGGCUUGCCGGCACUAUAAGGAAAGAUGUCUCGUCUGUCAAAGUUCUGAGCCUUUGAUCAGUAAUAUUUCUGAGGCACAGAAUAGAAAUGCUCAAAACCCACUUUGUCCAAGUGAAGCGAAGCCUUGCGCCCAGUCCUUUCUCAAGGCAGAUUACAGAGACCACGUAUUCCGUGGCAACGUGAGCUACAGUGAUACUACGACAUAUGACAGUAAUGACAGUGAUAGGGAGGUAACCAUUAUUUGCAACAUGAAACACGAGGCCACCCCUGAACGCAUCCAAGAUAAGGACUCGCUUGUCCUGCGCCCUCUCGCCGACCUCUCCCUCCGCCUGGACUCUGCCCACUGGGCUCCUUCCGUCCCUUCCUCUGAAACCUUCCCACAUUUCAAGGUCCAGUUCAAUCUCCAAGGCCUUCGGGAAAGCUUCCCCAGCCCCCUUUCAGAUGCAUUAGCUCUUGGCGCCUGA